AUGCAGAAUGGAAAACACACUCAGAUUGUUGUGAGCGCACGCGGUAACCAGAGGGACCGUGAUCGUGAAAGGGCUCAGGCUAGAACAGGGGUUAAAGGCAAGCAGGGGAAAGCUGAUGGGUUGACCCCUGAACAACGCAGGGAAAGAGAUGCCAAGGCGCUGCAGGAGAAGGCGGCAAAGAAAGCGGCACAGGAAGCAGGAAGCAAUAAUGCAAGUGGAAGCAAAAAAUAG